GUCGAGCACACAGAGCACACACAGCUGCAGUCCUCCCCCCUUCGCGGGCCCCAGGCGCCCACUCCACCUGGCCUCGUGUCUAAAGUGACUCUCCCACGCAGGACACAAGUUGUCAAGUGGCUCCAGUGGACUACAUCACACCACCAACCACCUUGGAGCUGCAAUUCAAGUCUCAUCCAAAGCUCACAGCUCCAAAUCUGACCAUGGUCUAAGAAAACGCCCUCCUCGCUGACUUGGGCCUCCUCGGUCCCUUCUCUCCCUCUCGGUCAUGUCCGUGUCCACCAGGAACCCACCCCAUCGCCGGCGCUCUUUGGGUCCCGUGUCGCCCAAGCGCAUCUACAGAAAUCUGUCCAUCAGACUGCGGGGAGGGGAGUCGUCCGUGGGCAGGGGAGCAGACCCAGACCAUCACCCGGGCAAGUCUGCGGACGCUUACAAGACCUUGUGGGACGCGGUGGAGAACGAGGACACCUUGGCCGUACAAAGUCUGCUGUCCCGAGACCACGUCCACGGAGGAGGCUUGAGGGAGAAGGAGAGAGAUCGGGAGAAAGAGAGGGAGUGUGGGGUGAACCGGCUGAGCGAGCAGGGUCUGGUCCCUCUGGACGUGGCCGCGCUUACCCACAAUUCCCCUCUGCUGCACGUGCUGGCGAAGGCUGGAGCCAAGCACAAUCCUGUUUUGUGCAGACCGGCAGACUGGGAGCUGAAGCUGGAGGACCUGGUGGUGCUGGCGAAGAAGAAGGUGGAGGAAAGGAAACAGGAGUUAGUGAGGAAGGCGGGUGCAGGGUCUCAGGCGCAGGCUGAUGUUCACAGACACAUCCGUCUGUGGAGUCUGCGGCUGCAGCUGUACUGUCGGAUGAAGGAGAACUUCAACAAAACAGAGCUCCCAGGCCCUCCCUGUCAGGUGUCUGUGCUGGUGACCAGCUCGUCUUCUCUCUUCGUGGUCAUCAAGGAGGAGGAAAGUGCCUGCAUGGGACUCAUCACCUGCUACAAAGUGGAAUGGAGCGCCUCAGCAAGCUUCAAACGCAUCCUUGGCUCAGCUCAAGUCACAGAGACAAAGAACCCCUCCUACAGCAUCAAGGGACUCACAUCUGGGGUGCAUUACUAUGUGAGGGUGAGUGCCUACAAUGUGAAAGGAUGGGGCCCCCCUCAGUGCUCCACUCCUGCCAACGUUGCCCCCUCCAGCUGGAGGGAGUGUAGCGGUGUCAAGUCCCAGUACAGGAACCAUGAAGGUCUCGUCAGGAAGCUCCUGGAAGAUGCUGGAGAGCCACAUAGCCGAGUAUACUGCCGAGAGAGUGUGAGCAACCAGAGUCCCAGCAAGCGUCUAUCCAUGUCUCGGGGCCUCAAACAACUGUUCCAGUCUGCUACCAAGUUUGUCCGUCUGCUGCAGAGGGGCGUGUACUUGGCGACUGUGUUCUACCACAAGGAGAACAUCCUGGUGACGGCUGAAGACCAACUGCCGCUGGUGGAGAUCCAGUGCUGCUCCACCUUUCUCAUCCACAACUUUGUUUGGUUUGCAAAGUUGUCGUGUGCAUGGCAGCAAGUACCUUGGCUCCUGCAAGGACUCUCCUGCGCUCAAUCCUCUCCAUCCUCACUCCUGCAGAACAGACACAGCAUCUUAAGAGCUGUCUCCCAGCUGCAGUCAUCACUGGGGACUCUGGACCUGGGCCAGGUCUACUACGAGCCGCUCAAAGACCGGCAUGGCAACAUUUUACUCGUGACUUUGAAGGAGUUCCCACACCCUCCCAAUCACCCCGAGCCUCCGUUGCAAUGGAUGCCGCUGGCUCGCCUGGAGAAGAACCGGGGCAGAACUCCUCUCCUGCCCGAGCCCACCGCCAUGGACACGCUCUGUGAGCAGCUGAGGGAGAAGCUGGCCUACCACAGACGCAGCAACCAGUGGGGCCAGCCGGGUCUGUACGUGGGCAUCCUGAAACUGUGGAGCUCAGUGGAACACAUCCGGGUUCUGGUGCCCCAAAGGCUGCCCAAUCUACUGUGCCACACCCGAGUCCGACACAACGGCCACGUCAGCAGAGAAGAGUGGGCGUGGCUCCAGAGUAACGUCUACGCCACACCCGGCGAAUGCAUCCAGAACCUGCUGGACGACACGCUGGCGGAAAACGGCAGCUUGGUGGAGUUCAUCAGGUCCUUGAGAGCGGCCGUGUCUCACCUGCUGGCCAAGCUCAACAUCCCCCUCUACAGGGCCUACCAGUACGGGGUUUACACCAGGGAACUGCUGCAGUUGGGAGACAAAGUGUCCAUGCUGCUGCUGCUUCCUCCCAGUGAAGACUUCAGUUCCAGCUACUGGCCCCUGGUGGGCACCAAGGAGCCGGGCCUCACCAUGCCCCUGCAGAUCUUCGAGCUCGUUCACCUGCGGACGUACGAGCAGGACUUCCUGUCCCAUUACUGCCAGGCCUGGGUGAGGCUGGAGCUGGACACCCACCUGGCCCAGCAGGCUCUGCGGGAGGCGCUGGACACCAAGGAAGUGCAGGUGGCCCGCCAGCGUCUCAACCAUGUCAGCGACCUUUCCCACCGUCUGGAGGUGGUGUGGCGGGAUGCUCGCUGGGUUAUGGACUGCCUCCAAUGCGUUCGGUCCAGGCAGUGGGUGGGGGCGGUGCCCCUGGGUUUGGUGAUGGGCGGAGACCCGCCUCCUCGUCCUGACGGGGAGGAAGAGGAAGAACGUCUGACCCCCAGCUUGAGGUGGCCCCAUCGGCUGCAGUUCCAGAAGGUGACCACAGAAAGUUCCGUUGGUACGACCGCAGCCAACGUGGUCACGGCCGAGGUGUCAUCUCCGGCAGGGGACGCCGCCGUCGCCCAAGACGCCACGGCGGCGUCCCCGGAAGGCGUGGCCAAAGGAGGCUACCUCGUGGACAUCAGCGCCCUGUCCACCGUGGAUCUGACCUGCAUCCUCCCGUCGGAACUGGGAUGUGUCGCCACUUUCCUGGACUCCGGACUGGAGCCCGCAGCUGUGGCACAGCUGGACGUGGACUUCAGCGCUGCGGACGCACCCGGGUCCUGCGGCGGCACGCCGGACUUUGCGGCCAGCAUCGGCGAGGUCAUCCGGCCCAUGGAGAUGGCCGAGCUGGUGCACAUUCUGCCCACCCUGAGUCUCAUGGAGGAGGAAACCCCCAGUGGUCCUUCUGCGCCCUCCGUCAUGGACAUGCUGCACAGCUUUGGACUCGCUGACCAGGACAGCUUCCUGGACUCGGAGAGGUCACGCUCUGACCCGCCUGGUGAGGACCAGAGACUUCCUCCAGGAGCAGGGUUGACUUGCCCAGUCAGACACCAGGCACAGUGGGACACACCAUUCAGCGGCUCGUGCUGAUCAUGUAUCCACAAAACCUCUUUGCUCAGCUGCAGGACGGCUGGUUAGUUCCUCUGUACCAUUUCACAGGUACAAAGUGCAGUUUUACACGGAUAGGUGUGUUUAUACGGGAAACAUGCAUUUGUGGCUCUGGAUUUCUUCCAUUAGCUUAAAGAGAAACCACACUUUUUGUGGAAUUUGCCAACCAUUCACAAACCUUAUGAGAGACAAGAAGCUAACAGCUAAUAAGGGCGUUUAUUGUGCUCUUAAAAUCCACUAAAAACAUCCAAAACUUGCCGAUAAUUACCACAUUUUCCGGGCUAUAUAAGCCACACCCACUACAUGUUAAAAGAAAAAUAGGUUUCCAUAUAUUAGCUGCACCGGACUAAAAGCCACAGUGAAAGGAGUUAUUUCCACAGAAAUAUUCUGUGAAUGUUUAUUUACAUUAGGGGUGUAACAGUACACAAAAAUUUCGGUUCGGUACGUACCUCGGUUUAGAGGUCACGGUUUGGUUCAUUUUCAGUACAGUAAGAAAACAAAAUAUUAAUUUUUAGGCCUGGCUAACUUGGCAGUAAGAGAAUAUAUAUAUGCUUAUUGUUCUUCCACCUUAGAAGUGGGUCAAAAGCGAUAGAAAAUGGAUGGAUAGUUUUAAAUCUGCUGCUCUAAAAACAUUUGUUAUUGCUUCAGCCCUGCCUGACUCGCCAAGGAGAGGCUGCUUGAAUGUGGUGGUGCUGCUUAAAAGGGGAUAGCAUGUUUGACGUGUUGGCAGAAGCACUCCCUACUGCUGCUCAACAAUGUCGGCAAACCUCUGUCCUUCAUUGUUGUAUCGCACCGCACAGCCAAAGUGUUCCCAAACAGUAGAUCUUAACGAGGCAGGAGGGUCUUCCAGCUCUGGCUUUUGCAUGUUGUCCUAGCCCGGUCGCUGCUAGCCUGCAGUGUGUUGUGCCUCGCUCUGCAUUGUUUACUCAACCUGCAAUGCGCAACCUAAUAUGUCCGUGUGGAAACUCGUUCGGUACACCUCCGAACCGAAACCCCCGUACCGAAACGGUUCAAUACAUAUACACGUACCGUUAGACCCCUAAUUUACAUACUUUAAUCGUCUCCAAACAGUGUCUGUAACAUGGCAGUAAAACGGCCGAUCAAACAAAACAGAAGUCAUGGUCAUGGACCCACUAGCUGCGCAAGCUAGCUCUCCAAUCAGCUAAACACACUCAAUAAUUCCACACUGACGUUUAGCUGAAUUUACUGACGAAGUAGUGAAAGCGAAACAACACAAAAAAAGUGAGUUAAUAAUACUAAUACAGACACUCGUAAACAUUUUAGCUAAUGCUAAAAAGGCUAGCUUGAUUACAUUAUGUUAGCAUGUACAAAUAUGCAUAAAACCACUCCUAUAGACAUCACACAUGGGACACUUUAGUAGGUAUGAAAUGUUUUAGUUAUAUUGUAAAACUUGUUUUAGUUAUAUUGUAAAACUUACAAACGUUGCUUGGAGUGAAUGAAUGAAGAAUUCACACGAGUAGUAACGCUAUGGACAACUAACAGACUGAACGGCACUUGUGCUUCCAGUUGACGGCACAAGUCUAAGCAGCAGGACAAUGCGGAACCUGCAGUGGGCGAAUUUGUCGGAGAGAUGCCACCAAACAAUAACACACCUUUUCAGUGUAUUUGUGUUUGUUUUUUGUUGUUAAUUUUUUUUACUUUUUACAAGAUGGCCGUCAGCAAAGAAAAAUCCCUUUAAAAGCUGCACCAUUUUAUAAGCUGCAGGGUUCAAAGCGCAGGAAAAAGUAUCAGUUUAUAGUCUUGAAUUUAUGGUAGUCCAUUUUCUUGUCAUGACCAAGAAUUUGCGAUGUUGUUAUAAGCGCUAACGUUUGGGUCUCGCAUCUGGCCAUUUUUUUUCUCCUGUCAUCUCCUUGCUUGCCCUCUUUGUCUUGUGCUGUCUACACUUUUUUUGUGAAGCCUCUUUCUUUGCGCUGUCCUCCAAAUCUAAACAUCAGACUUGCAAUUGAUUGACUCAAGACUCAAUUGACAAAAUCUUUUCGACGAGGAAAAAAGGUUCGGGGGAGCCUGGCUGCCCUGAUUGGAACCAUUGAACAGACGAGCCAUUGUAAUGUCUGCUCGCGGAAAAACAAAAAUCCUAAUCUACGAUUUGACUCUCAAACGGCCUUGACGCUGCAACAACAGGAGCAGGCUGUUCUGUAAACACCCCCCUGAGGACUGACGCUUUUGACCUCCCUCAUCCUCAACGAUACCUGGAGUCAAACUUUUGCUUGCAUGCAGAACGGCCCCAGGCCUAUGUACUCUACAUCACCCCCCUGUUGCGAGUUGUUGUGAUUAUAUGUAACAUGUUUAUGUGUGCUGUGGCAAAUGAGGUUUUUUUCCCUUGGACUCAGUCUGCCUUUGACUGAUAUUUUUUACUCUUCCUCCCUUUCCCAAUAUCACAUUUUCCCCACCUUUUUAAGAAGCACCGUAGGUGGCUGAUCCGUUGGAACAUUUCAGUUCUUAUGCGUCUUGUACAUGUUGAAGAAUGGACAAUAAUAAAGCAUCCAUCCUUACGUUAAA